GCGCCAAGUUUUCGAAUCGAGCCCUUCUGUGCCCGCUCUCGAAUAAGGUUUGCUGGCUGAUUCCGUUUUGCGAUUCCAUUUGGACGCGAGCAUCCCGUUAGCCUACCGGCCCGUCGUGUUCCGUUACUGCUGUCCUGAGAGUAGUAAGCAGGAGAUCGAUUGCAGCAAGAUGUCGACAGGUGAGACUUCGCUGAUGGGAGAGGCGGGGGGCUCCACGUCAGCAGGAAGCAGACGACCAAAACGCUUCGAGAUCAAGAAGUGGAACGCUGUUGCGCUUUGGGCUUGGGACAUUGUUGUCGAUAACUGUGCUAUUUGCAGGAACCACAUCAUGGAUCUAUGUAUCGAGUGCCAAGCGAACCAAGCCAGUGCCACAAGUGAUGAAUGCACAGUUGCUUGGGGUGUAUGCAAUCAUGCCUUCCAUUUUCACUGCAUCAGUCGGUGGUUGAAAACACGCCAGGUCUGCCCGUUAGAUAAUAGUGAGUGGGAAUUUCAGAAGUACGGGCGCUGACCUCAACAGCUGCGCAGCAGCGCAGGCUGUCGGGCCUGCUUUCCCCGUUGUGCUUGUCCAUCUGCGAAUGAUGUACGCAAUGGGGUGUGUCAUCGGUACAAUAAUCUGUCAGAGCACUCUGCGGGUAAGCCCCUGCAGCUAACAGCGAGUGAGUAGGAGUUUCCGAAGUGUGUAUGUAGUCCUUAGGCGCGACCGUGUUCGCAGUUGAUUGCAGCAGCGCAGCAGCCGCAGCAGCAGCACCUUGCCGGGCCUGCUUUUUCCCCAGAUGACCGGAAUGGUCAGGAGGCAGAAAAGGUUUUGGGCCUGCCGGUGGCCGCCGGGAGCGUCUCUUUGUGAAGUGGAAAAGGUUUUCGGCCUACCGGUAGCCGCCGGGAGUUUCUCUUUGCGAAGCAGGUGGUCCUCAAUGGAGCUUGUUGGAGGUCCCAACAAAUCUGUUUAUGAAGC